AUGAAGAAGUUUGAUAUUAUGUACUGUUUUAAUACUAUAAGGCGCUUAUGUUCUUCGGGGCCGCCUCGUCGCGUUUGUAUUAUAGGUGCUGGGCCGGCAGGGUUUUAUGCUGCUAUGCAUUUGGUAAAACAUUUGAACCCAGUGCAAAUUGAUAUCAUUGAAAAGUUGCCGGUACCAUUUGGUUUAGUUAGGUAUGGUGUAGCACCAGAUCAUCCUGAGGUUAAGAAUUGCAUAAAUCAGUUUACGAAAUUAGCAAGGCAAGAAAACAUUAAUUUCUAUGGCAAUAUUACUUUGGGAAAAGACAUAACUUUGGAAAAUUUGAGACAAUUUUACGAUGCUGUUCUAUUGACAUAUGGAGCUGAAGAGGAUAGAACCUUAAAUAUUGACAAUGAAAAUGUAAAAAAUAUAAUUGCUGCAAGAAAUUUUGUUGGAUGGUACAAUGGUCAUCCACGUGAUAAGGAUUUGAAGGUUGAUCUAUCGGGCCACACAGCAGCAAUUAUUGGACAAGGAAAUGUGGCCUUGGAUGUAGCCAGAAUAAUUCUUACUCCAGUUGACCAAUUAAAGAAAACUGAUAUAACAGAGUUUGCUUUGCAAGCUAUUGCUGAAUCACAGAUAAAGGAACUAUAUCUUAUUGGAAGGAGAGGCCCCAUUCAAGUAGCCUUUACAAUAAAAGAGCUAAGAGAACAAUUAAAACUUCCGAACUGUUCAACGGUUUGGCGAGAAAGUGAUUUUGCCGGUGUGGCAGAUUUAGUGCCAAGCUUACCAAGACCUAGAAAAAGAUUAACUGAACUCAUGCUGAAAUCUGUGACUGAACAAAGGGUACAAGUUAACAAUCCCAAUCAAAAUUAUUUCAAGCCUAUAUUUUUUAGAAGUCCUAAAAGAUUUUUUGUCAACAAAGAUUCUGUAUCUGGAAUUGAAUUAACUUGUAAUAAAUUGAUUGGAGAUGUCAUGGAAAGUCAACAGUGUGUUGCUACAGAAGAUUCAGAAAUUCUACAUUGUAGCUUAGCCUUAAGAAGCAUAGGAUAUAAAAGCAUUAAAGCAGAUGAUGGUUUAAGGUUUGGUUCCAGUGGUUGUGUUAUUAAUAAAAAUGGAAGAGUUGUAGAUGAUGGAAAUACAGAUUUAGGCAAACUUUAUGUAGCUGGUUGGUUAGGCACCGGCCCAGUUGGUGUUAUAAUACAUACAAUGGGCAAUGCUUUUCAAGUGGCAAAAAAUAUUUGCCAAGAUUUACAGACUUGUAGUUCCACAAAGGCUGGAUUUGAGGGUAUUAAAAAUCUCCUGAGAGAGACCAACACUCCAGUUAUAACUUGGCAGGGUUGGGAAAGAAUUGAUAACUAUGAAGUAGAUCAAGGUAAAAAGACUGGGAAACCAAGAGAGAAAUUGACUUGUAUUAAGAAAAUGUUAGAAAUUGCUUCACAUACUACCUGGCAACACCGGGUUCUUUUCUAUCGUGUUCUUUUGACAACACGAGGUUAUAUUUUUGUAAAUUGCGAAAAAGCAUUUACAAUGGCUGAUGAAAAUUGGAAUGAAGAAAGCAUGGAGACGGGCGGCGUGGCUAUCGAUAACAUGCCCCUGCCCCAAGCCGCAGAUAUCCCAGAAAUUAAACUUUUCGGAAGAUGGAGCUGUUACGACGUCCAAGUAUCCGACAUGUCCCUACAGGAUUACAUCUCUGUUAAGGAAAAGUAUGCGAAGUACUUGCCUCACUCUGCUGGUAGGUAUGCUCACAAACGAUUCCGUAAAGCACAGUGCCCCAUUGUUGAGCGCCUGACCAACUCCUUGAUGAUGCACGGACGCAACAACGGAAAGAAAUUAAUGGCUGUUCGUAUUGUCAAACAUGCCUUUGAAAUCAUUCACCUUUUAACUGGUGAGAAUCCCCUGCAAGUGCUGGUUACUGCCAUUAUUAACUCUGGACCCCGUGAAGAUUCAACUAGAAUCGGUCGUGCGGGUACAGUGCGUCGUCAAGCUGUGGAUGUGUCUCCACUCCGUAGAGUAAACCAAGCUAUUUGGCUUCUGUGUACUGGGGCUCGUGAGGCUGCUUUCAGAAACAUCAAGACCAUUGCUGAAUGUGUUGCCGAUGAACUUAUUAAUGCUGCUAAGGGUUCAUCCAACUCAUAUGCUAUUAAGAAAAAGGAUGAGUUGGAACGUGUUGCUAAAUCCAACCGUUAA